AAAGAUGGAUGGUGAAAGGAUUGAUUAGUGAGAAAAAAGGAACUGAAAGUAGUUUUUGUUUUCAAUUUGAGACUGCAUGUGAAGAACAUGUGAUAAGAAUGACCGUGUUCAAUUUUGAUUCUUUCGGAAUGCAUAAAAGCCGCCUUUGUGUCUGCAAUUCCUAAUUCUCAGAGUAUCCUUGGAGUAUAUUUGGAAAUGGAAUAAAAACGAAAACAUGGAAUUAACAGAUGCUCGUCACUGUUUCCUGGGUGUACUUGAUUGAAAUAUCAGCAACAGAAAUAGAACAGAAAUAAAUAUGAUCAGGAUAAUUGCAUGAAAUUCCUGACAGUCUUGCACAUUGACGUUUCAGUUUCUCUGAGAGUGAUAUGAUUUCAGAAUUACUUGCUGAAAAAGUUUCGAGUUGAAAAUGAAAAAUUAUAUAUUAUGUAAAAUGAACUAGAACAAUGCAUAUGUCUUAGGAAGAUAAAUGUAUAUAAGAGUAUGGACUGGAGGAGGUGUCUCUAUUACUUCAGUUACAGAAUCUGUUUGGGCAGAACCAGUUCUUAUUUACUACUUUUUCAUUGUUGUCGCUGACAUUUUGAUAGAGUUCAGUGCAAUGAUUAACAGUGAGAAAGACAUUCAACAUGGGAUAAUUUCGUUAGAAGUGAUCGGAAGACAAAUGUAUGCCUUUAUAGAUAGGUACGUUGCAGAUUACAUUAACUCGUGCUUAAAAUUUGAAUCUUCUACAGAAAAAGAAGAAAAGGCAAUAGCAGCAAUCAAGAAAGAGCCAAUACAAGUGGACCAGUUUCUACAAAAGUUACGUCAGAAGAAACUUGAUAAAUAUCUCAACUUUGAAGUCAGGGCUAUAGUUCGCAACCAAGAAGAAUACCCUUGUACAAUAGCUAGCCAACCUGAUAAUGCCAGUAGAAACAUAUGCCAGGAGGUUAUAUCAUAUGAUCAUUCCUUAGUUACAUUGAAAAAGAUUCCACCUAAAGAUGACAGUACCUAUAUUAAUGCCAGUUAUAUAGAGGGUUAUAACAACCAAACAGAAUACAUCGCUUCUCAGGGACCUCGAGGAAAGCAGGUUUCAGCUUUCUGGCACAUGGUUUGGCAGGAAAAUGUUCAUGUUAUUGUUAUGGCAACAGGACUGUUUGAAAACGCAGCACAACAAUGUGAUAAAUACUGGGGUGACAUAUUGAGUGUACAGAAAUAUGUACGACAUGGAGAUAUACACAUAUUUCUCAAGGACAAACUAGAGCUUUCUAAACUUGUGAUACGAACAUUCCAAAUUUGUGAAGAUGGUUGUGAUGAGCCACGGACAAUAAAGCAUUUUGAGAUGACGGGAUUCUCUGAUGAUUCCACGGAUCCCGGCUUCUUGUUGGACGUGUGGAGACGGGUAAACAGAACUAUGCUCACAGUUCCGGGACCUAUGCUUGUACAUUGCAGGUGUGGUGGUGGUAGGACUGCAGCAUUUAUUGCUGUAGAUUACUGUUUAAAGCAGUUAGAGAGAGAACAUUUUGUAGAUAUAUACAGUACAGUUCUACAUUUAAGGAAGUUUAGAAAAAAUAUGAUCAAGUCAUUGAGUCAGUACCGACUGAUCUACGACACACUGGCAAUGUACGUACAAGUCUGGAACACUGUCAUACCGUCUGCACGACUUCCUGCUGUUGCUCACAAACUUAUGCUCAAAGAUCCUCAAACUAAUCUACUGGGAUUCGAGAAAGAAUUUCAGUUCCUUCAAGAUAUUGUGCCAAAAAUUCCAAUCGGAGAUUGUGCUAGCGGCCAUAGAGACGAAAACAGAAACAAAAGCAGGGACAUCAUGUUACUGCCACCUGAAAGAGCGCGGCCUUACUUACAGACCAUAGAGACUCAUGAGUCGGGAACAGACUUUAUCAAUGCAGUUUAUGUUGAUGGCUAUCAUUCAGACAAUAGUUUCAUAGCAACACAGUGGCCUAUGCAGAGUACUAUGAAUGACAUUUGGCGACUUCUGUUUGACUUCAAAAUCAAUACUUUCGUAGUGCUUCAUGAAAAUAAAUUAAACAGGAGUACCCAGUGCUUCUGGCCCAAGGUACUGGAUGAGGAGGUGAAAUAUGGACCAAUCGGAGUAAAGUACCUUGGUUGUCAGAAAUAUCCGCACAUUAUCAUCCGGGCAUUUGCUAUUAGAAAGCUUCCAAACACAAGGUAUAACGAGCUUUUAGAAGACUUGGAUAUGGACCAAGUUUCGAAAGCAUCCAGUCUUCCAUUAAUUGACCUGCUGACUCAGAACACUGACUCAGUGGUGGUGAAAAUGUUCCAGUAUACAAGCUGGCAUCAACGGGACAAAAUUCCAACAUCAACCAAGUCUUUCCUGUACAUGAUGGGAUGUGUUGAUGAGUGGCAGAAAAACACAAAUUCACAGAGUCCUAUCUGUGUCAUGUCUAAGGAUGGAUACAGUAAAUGUGGACUGUAUUGUACAUUGAAUAUAUGUUGUGACCAAAUUCAUUGUGAAAAGGAAGUAGACAUCUUAAAUGCAGUCAGAGUGGUGAAGAAGAACAGAACCCAACUUGUAUCCACAUUGGCUGAGUACAUCUAUUGUUACUCUUAUAUGUCAUUGGUUGUUCAUUUGAUGUUGGAGGAAUCUCCAAAAAUAACACUGACUUCUCCUACUGUGAUAGAGGGUGAAAUACAGCAGGGUUAUGAACUCUUGACUGGUUUUGAAAAUAUUCUUUGUCCACAGCCUGCAGAGGAAGUAAACAAAAAUGGAACCAGUCUGAAAAAUCUGAAUCACACAAGUGCUUUCACAGCAGAUUUUCAAAGUGACUCAAAAGGUUCAUCUUGUGAUGGAUUAAAUACUCAUGGAUUAGAUUCACAAACACUUUUAGGAGGUGAAAAAGUUAUUGAGACAGGUCACAGGAAAUCCUCAGGAAUUAUGUCAGAAAAUGUUAAUGGUCAUAUUCACAAAAAUGGCCGAAUGCAGACGCACAAAGAGGAAAAUGUGACAGCUCCAGCUGCUCCGGGUCACAUACAUGUAUGGGAUCCAGAAACUAUUGCUCACUUCAACGAACCUGCUUCUGCAGAGCUCAAAUUGCCAAGACGACAGAGCACCAAGAGACGGCCUUUUUAUCGCCAGAAUGCUCAAGAAAUGAAUGAAAUUCGUGCAGUAGACUAUUCAUCAGUAGAUAUGGACAUAUUAGAGUCCAGUUAUUUGUGAUCUUUGCAUAUUUCAUGUUUUCUUUAUUCUUUUUAUAAAGUCCUUUAUCAAUAACAUUUUUGUGUUCAAAAUGUACAUAGUAUUUUUCAAUUCUCUUUUCUUGUAAAGACAGCAAUAUUGUACACUUCUCUUUUCUGCGAUAUAUAAAGAACAAAAGAAUGAAAGAAAAGUGAAACUAAAGGGGAAAGACUUAUAGAAGAGAUUAAUAUUGCUUCUUCUGCAGUGCUUAAAAUAUGCAAACUUUUAGUUGAAAACUUCCUGUUAAAUCGAUUCUUCAACAUAAACCUGCAAACUACAGAUUUGUAGUUAUAAAAAUAUGCCAUAAUAACAGUAUUUAACAGUUUGUUUUUCCACUUGCUCUAAGAUUCUAGAUAUGUAGAGCACUUUAGCUAUAAGAGUAGAGUAGUAUUGCUUUUUAUAGACAAUUUGGAAAUUUAUAGUUCUAGUUUGAUUUGGAAAAGCUAUACACUGCAACCUUGAAAAGCCAUUAAUACAGACUUGUUGUCAUAUUUUCAUUGUUCCCAUACAGGACUACAGAUUUUUAUUUCUUCCUCGGAAAUCUUCUUUGAUAAAAGUUUCAGGAUGCGUUAAUCCAAUGUUUUUUCUUGCAAUUUUUUGGUUAAAUUUCGAAACUGAUCCCUUCCUUUCAUACGUAUUCAUUGGGAAAUAAUUCUGUGAAUUUCUUAACUGCAUUAAUACGUAAAGUCAAAUCUUGACAUUAAAAAGUAAAAACCCUAUUCAUUUUAUCUUCAAAACUUUGAAAUCUAUGAAUUCUUGUGGUCACCAGUAAAUAGCUAUUUGAGCAAAACCACACAAUUUAUUGGCAGUGGGAUUAAAUGAUUUUGCAGUAUAUAUAUUGCGUAGACAUUAUAUACUGGUAAAUUUAUUUUGAUGAAAUUUCAAACGAUCCUUUGAUAUUUGUUACUGUAUGUUGAAAGUAACUUCUUAGACCUUCAGUCAUACUGAAAAAUCUAUCUUAGAAAACUAUUUACACAGUUUUAUUGGCAAAAUAGCUUUAGAAAAGUCUGACAUGAAAUGUUGAAAUGGAAACAAAAUCACUUUUUUAAGAUUUAUAUAAUGUGCUUUUUAGUGACAACAUGAACGGACGUAAAACGUUUCUCCAUUCUUUAAUUCAGUGACAUCUUCUAGGUUGUUUCACGUACUGGACAGUUCCUUGAAGGGAAGAAAUGUCUUGCCACAAGUUUUCAUGUACAGUCGACUCUUGAUGUAAAAGCCACACAACACUCACUAAAUAUGUUACAUUUAGAAAUAAAAUUUGUCCUCCUAGUCAGGUUGUUUCUGAUCACAGGUAAUCUGUAGAUCACAGGAUCAACACACCGGUUAAAUCUCGACAUCUGGACUGUCCUUCAACACCUGUGUUACAAAAAGGUUGCAGUGUACAUUGUAGUGAUGUGCCAUUAACCAUACCUUUUAAGAUUUGCUUUCUGUAUUGCGCUCAAUUUUUACCAUGACUUGCAUAGUUUUUUUCAUAAUUUUACAAAAACAGUCAGCUCAUAUUUUCAUGAAAACAUGUUUUUAGCCAGUAGUUGUCUCUUUUUCUUGUUUUGCCUUUUGAUUUAUAAAUACUGACCCAAGGUGGGAGAUUUUCAGCACUGUUUGUGACAUAGAUAGGAUCAAGUUUAAUUAAUAAGAUUAUUGCUUUUUGUGUAAAAAAUAAUGAAUAUUUCUUUUACUUCCUGAAGAAAAUUGGCAGACUAUUUGUACUACAGUUCUUAGACCAGUCACAAAACUAGAGCAUCUGAUGGAUUGUCUCUAACAUCUAAUUUAAAAUUGACCAAUGGUGAAGUUGCAAUCUGAGACUGGUUUACAGAAUUGGAUUAAUACUUGUAAAACUUACAAUCAGUCCAGCUAUGUGUAGUAUGAAGUAUAAGGCAUGCGCUUUCUAGGCUGUUGAUAAAAUUUGUUGCCCAUUAUAGUAAAGUAUGAUAUUUGUCCUUUUUAACAUUUUAGAUAUUUUCUUUUGAAUAAGGAACACUAUAUAACAGGAAUUGAUAAUUGGAUAUGUUAAAGAAGUGAAUAAAAGAAAGCAAAUGCUCGAUUUACUUACAAAAUACUUUUGCUGAAUGGUCUUAAAAUAAAACUGAACCUACAACAUGAUACAGUUGAAUCAUGGCUAUAUGUCGUAAUUACCUCCCCUGAGUUUGUAUCGCUGCAAAAAAUGACAGUAGGAAAUAACUAGGCAAACUUAAAUAUCAAUGGAUAGCUUGUAUGCAGACUUGUUUUCAUUUGUUCAAAUUUGACCAGAUUUAAAUUUUCAUGGCAAUAGCAUAUGCAGAGUAUAAAGAUUGACUCGGGCCUGUGAAGGCGGGGAGUCUUAAAUAUGCCAUAAAUUUUAUUUAUAUGGAAGCAAGAAGUACUUUUGAUCAAAAGCUUUGGUAUCCUGAGGAUAAGUUUUAAGAACAAGAAAUAUUCAGAACAAGAAUCUGUUUGAAACUUAAACAUAUGUUCUAAUGUAGGCAUGGUUUUCCCUAUUUAGAAUAUUGAAAAAGCUUGUAGUGUAGCAUUGCAUGCUUCGAUAGAUAUAGCUUUAGCCUUCGAGUUCAAUAUUUGAUCAUGGGCAGCUGACUGUCAUACAUGACAUAAUUUGCUGUAAGCAAAUUGGUUCCAUGUUUAGGAUGGUAAUUAAUGUCUUACUGACUUACUUUAGUGGUUGACUUGUUUUAGUGUUCUGAAGCCUAAGCUGUCAACAAGACCACUUAGUUUGUAAUCUAGUGUUGGAAUUUCAAACUGGUACAUGUAUACAUAGGUGUAACAUAAAAUUUUACUACUUCAUUUUGAUGAACUUUUGAUAUUCUACAUUUCCAGCAGGUUCCAUUUGUACUAGAGUUUUUUUGGUUUUUUUUCUCAACUCAUAACUUCCCUUACAGAAGAAAAAGGCCUGCUGCGUACUCUUGCUGUGUACAUACAGCGUAUAUGAUGCGUACAUGAUGUGUACUGAAAUCAAGGGCUUUAAAUAGUAUGCAGGAUAUACACCGCACAUACACCGAUAGUACGUUUGUAGUACACUUUUGACAUGCAAAUGAGCUCUGCCGCUUACUACUUGCUGCGUACAUGCUGUGGACUACAUAGUACACAGGAUGUAUGCUGGAGGAAUUAGUAUGCGGGAAAUAGUACGCAGCAUGUACGCAGCACAUACACUUUUCACAUGCAAAUGAGCCUGCGGGGUACAUGCUGUGUACUCCUGGCCCGAGUCCUGCGGCAUACAUGCUGUGUACUCCUGCUGCAUACAUGCUGUGUACUCUUGUGGCGAAACUGCUGUGAUAAUAUAAAUUCCUUACCCCACCAACUUUUGUAUGCAAAUGCUGAUCAUUUGGACAGAAAAAAACAGAAAAAAGAUAAGUGACAUGCAUCAAUAAGUAUUUACCCUUACCAAAAUAAUGUAGAUUGAUGUUAUCAAAUAAAUUAGUAUGCUUUUCUUCAUCCACUUUUCAAUGAAAUAAAUCAAUUUUUGUAGCAUGUAAUUUGGUAAACUUUUGAAGAAAAUGGCGUAACUGCAUCAAGGGGAAACAACUUUAAUGCAACUAAAUAUAAGUGUUAUGAUUUAUUAUAGACGAUGUGUGCGUAGUAUGUAUUUAUUUUGAUUAAAAUCCAUCUGAGAACAAUAUUCUAGGACUGGAAUUAUAUAGGCAUUUAUACACUUUUACGUCCGUAAAAAGUAGCGCACCAAAAAAUUUUGGAUUGAUUUUUUCCAAUGGGGCGAGCGCAAUUAGCCAAAAAUGUUCUGAAAAUAUACGAGCGGCAAAUCCGAUGAACAACUUUUUAAUCUGGUGAGGCCUUAAUGAGUUAACAUAAUGAGCAGUAAAGCCUUUAUAAAACAUGAUAGAAUGGUGUUUUGCUUAAGAGUAUUCAAAUAACAGUUUGAGCUAUUAAUUCUUCUCAUUCGGGCGCUGUUGAGGCAUUAUCUUGGUAAUUAUUUCAUGUAUUACAAAAUGUAAUGCAACGAAGUUCAAAUAAGGCUUUUCAAUUAUCCAAGUUAGAAAGCUCCAGGAUUAAUUCAAAAUGAAAAAGAAUAUAUUUUUACACUGCAUGCAAGGUGCAGCUCAGAAAUCACUAAGAUGUAAGCUUCACAAAUGAACAUUGCAAAUAGUAAAUGGCCAAUUUUCAUUGUUCAGAAUACCGGUAAUCUGAACUAUUCUAUGCUAUUAAGAUAAAAGUUACUUGGAAAUCAAGUUCUUGCUUCCAAAAAAAAAAAAAAAUGUACAAAUCCUUCCUGCAUGAAGUGUACUUCAGACUUUUACCUAAAAAAAAUUCAAAGUAUAAACACCAAAAGAAAAUGAAUAAGUCCCUCCCGCGUAUAUGAAGUUUACUUCAGACUUUAACUUAUAAAAAAAAACUAAGUAUAAAUGCCAAAAGAAACUGUACAAGUCUUUCCCGCGUAUAUGAAGUGUACUGCACAAAUUUCAAAGUAUCUGCGGUGUACAUGCAGUGUACUAUUUUCUUGUACAAGUCCCUCCUGCAUACAUGCAGUGUACUCCUUAAAUUUUCAGAGUCUGUGCUGCGUACUUGAAGUGUACUAGUGACCUCCUGCGUACAUGCUGUGUACUCGUCGAAAUAGUACGCGGCAUGUACGCGGCAUGCGGUUAUGUAAAAUGUACUCCUCUGGGGUACUACUGUGUUCGCGGCAUAUACACAGCAAAUACGCAGCAUGUACGCCACAGAGGCUUGCUUCUGUAAGGGUUCAGUUUUUCAACAAAUAUUUAUAAAAGUUAACAAAACAAAACAGUUUUCUUAUCAUGAUUAGGUUAAAAUACAGCCAUGAACAAAGAAAUAUUGUAAUAAAACCAUCUCAAAAGUAUUUGUUAGGUAUUCAGCUUUAAAGUUUGGUUUGUUUUUAGCCAAAGUGAUUCUUGAGUUGAAAGAGGGGUAUGCUUUUUAGCUCACCUGAGCAAUGCUCAGGUGAGUUAUUGUGAUCACUCGAUGUCUGUCGUCUGUCUGUCUGUCAUCUGUCAACAUUUAGCUUGUGUAUGCGAUAGAGGCUGUAUUUUUCAACUGAUCUUCAUGAAAUUUUGUCAGAAUGAUGACCUUGAUGAAAUCUAGGCCGAGUUCGAAAAUGGGUCAUCUGGGGUCAAAAACUAGGUCAAAUUAAAAGAAAAACCUUGUGUAUGUGAUAGAGGCUGUAUUUUCCAAUUGAUCUUCAUGAAUUUUUGUCGGAAUGAUUACCUUGAUGAAAUCUAGCCCAGGUUUGAAAAUUGGUCAUCUGGGGUCAAAAACUAGGUCACAAGGUCAAAUGAAAAAAAAAAACCUUGUGUAUGCGAUAGAGGCAGUAUUUUUCAAUUGAUCUUCAUGAAUUUUGUCAGAAUGGUUACCUUGAUUAGUCUAGGCCAGGUUCCAAAACGGGUCAUCUGGGGUCAAAAACCAGGUCACUAGGUCAAAUCAAAGAAAAACCUUGUGUAUGCAAUAGAGGCUGUAUUUUUCAAUUGAUCUUCAUGAAAUUUUGUCAGAAUGAUUACCUUGAUGAAAUCUAGGCCGAGUUUGAAAAUGGGUCAUCUGGGCUAAAAAACUAGGUCACUAGGUCAAAUCAAAGAAAAACCUUGUGUAUGCAAUAGAGGCUGUAUUUUUCAACUGAUCUUCAUGAAAUUUGGUCAGAAUGAUUACCUUGAUGAAAUCUAGGCCAAGUUUGAAAAUGGGUCAUCUGGGCUCAAAAACCAGGUCACUAGGUCAAAUCAAAGAAAAACCUUGUGUAUGCGAUAGAGGCUGUAUUUUUCAACUGACCUUCAUGAAAUUUGGUCAGAAUGAUUACCUUGAUGAAAUCUAGGCCGAGUUUGAAAAUGGGUCAUCUGGGUUUAAAAACCAGGUCACUAGGUCAUAUCAAAGAAAAACCUUGUGUAUGCAAUAGAGGCUGUAUUUUUCAAUUGAUCUUCAUGAAAUUUUGUCAGAAUGAUUUCCUUGAUGAAAUCUAGGCAGAGUUUGAAAAUGGGUUAUCUGGGGUAAAAAAACUAGUUCACUAGGUCAAAUCAAAGAAAAACCUUGUGUAGGUGAUAGAGGCUGUAUUUUUCAACUGAUCUUCAUGAAAUUAGGUCAGAACGAUUACCUUGAUGAAAUCUAGGCCGAGUUUGAAAAUGGGUCAUCUGGGGUCAAAAACUAGGUCACUAGGUAAAAUCAAAGAAAAAUCUUGUGUAUGCAAUAGAGGCUGUAUUUCUCAACUGAUCUUCUUGAAAUUUUGUCAGAAUGAUUACCUUGAUGAAGUCUAGGCCGAGUUUGAAAAUGGGUCAUCUGGUGUCAAAAACUAGGUCACUAGAACUAAUCAAAGAAAAACCUUGUGUAUGCAAUAGAGGCUGUAUUUUUCAAAUGAGGUUCAUGAAUUUUGGCCAGAAUGAUAGACUUGAUUAAUAUUUAUGCAAAGUUUGAAAAUGGGUCAUCUGGGGUCAAAAACUUGGUCACUAGGUCAAAUCAAAGAAAAACCUUGUGUAUGCGGUAGAGGCUGUAUUUUCCAGCUGAUCUUCAUGAAAUUUUGUCAGAAUGUUUUCCUUGAUGAAAUCUAGGCCGAGUUUGAAAGUGGGUCAUCUGGGGUCAAAAACUAGGGUACUAGGUCAAAUCAAAUAAAAACCAUGUGUAUGUGAUAGAGGCUGUAUUUUUCAAUUGAUCGUCAUGAAUUUUGGUCAGAAUGAUUGCAUUGAUGAAAUCUAGGUCAGGUAUGAAUAUGGGUCAUCUGGGGUCAAAAACUAGGUCACCAGGUCAAAAGAGAAAAACCUUGUGUAUGCAAUAGGGGCUGCAUUUUACACCAGAUCUUCAUGAAAUUUGAUCAGAAUGAAUGAAAUCUAGGUCGAAUUUGAAUAUGGGUCAUCUAGGGUCAAAAAUAGGUCACCGGUCAAAUUAAAGAAAAACCUUGUGUACACAAUAGGGGCUGCAUUUUACACUGGAUAUAUAUAAAAUUUAGUCAGAAUGAUUGCCUUGGUGAAAUCUAGGUCAAGUUAGAAUAUGGGUCAUCUGUGGUUAAAAACUAGGUCACUAGGUCAAAUAAAAGAAAAAACUUGUGUAUCGAUAGAGACUGUAUCAAUUGAUCUUCAUGAAAUUUGGUCAGAAUGAUAGCCUUGAUGAAAUUAAGGUCAAGUUUUAAUACGGGUCAUCUAGGAUCAAAAACUAGGUCGCUUUGACAAAUCAAAGAAAAACGUUUUGUAUGUGAUAGAGGCUGUAUUUUUCAAUUGAGGUUCAUGAAAUUUGGUCAGAAUGAUUGCCUUGAUCAAAUCUAGGUCAAGUUCGAAUGUAGGUUACCUUGGCUUAAAAACUAGGUCACUAGGUCAAAUUGAAGAAAAUACUUGUUUACACUUCAAGAGACCACAGUUUUGGUCCAGUCUUAAUGAAAAUUGGUCAGAAUAUUUGUUUCCAUGAAAUCACUAGGUCAAACAUGUUUACACUGUUAUGGUGUGUUUCUCAGGUGAGCGACCUAGGGCCAUCUUGGCCUUCUUGUUUGAUAUGUUUUGUUGUACUGAAGAGAAAUUGUUUUCAGUUGAAAAUGUAGACUAAGUUGAGACAGCCAGUGUCUCCUUUUAUGGUCACCUGAGGAGAAACUGCUUUAGGUGAGGUAUAGUGAUACUCGUGUGUCCAUCGUUGUCUUGUUAACAUUUUUACUUAAUGACUAGAUGACAAUUUUGGCCCAGUUCUGGAAAUGGGUCUGUUAGUGUCAAAAUUAUCUCAAGUAAAAAAAGUUGGCGGGUUGAAUUGUAGAAAAGUUUUAUUAACACUUCAGAGGCCAUAUUUCUACCCAAUCUUCAUGUAAAAAUCUAGGUUCGAAAUUGGGUUAUCUUAGGUAAGAAGGAAGGUCACUAUGUCAAAAAAAAGUUGUUAGCGGAAUGUUUUUACCAGGUCCUUGUAAAAACUUUGUCAGAAUGGCUGUCUUUCUGAUUGUUAUGUCAAGUUUGAAGAAGUAAGAAGUAGGUCAGGUGAGCUAUAGAGGGCCUCCAUGACCCUCGUGUUUUUCAAGAGAGCAUUUUUACUUAGACAUUCCCAAAGUUGUUAAAGGGGCUUGCCUGCAGAUUUUAAUCUGUUUGAAUUGUUUUUCAAAUUUAUAAUUGCACUUUCAUGUACAGUUAAUGUAACUGGAAUUACACCUACUGAAUGAUCUACCUUUUUCGUAACAAGGUUUAUACUGGGUUUCUCUUUAAAUGAAAGGCAAUACAUGUACUGUAAAUAUUACACAAUCUUAAAAACUAAAGUUUGGUAAUAUGAACUUUUUAGCUCGACUAUUCAAAGAAUAGGUAGAGCUUUUGGACUCUUUCAUGUGUCGGUGUCCGCGUCACGAUUUUGUUUAGUUUUUAGCACACCUGAGCCAAAGGCUCAUGGUGAGCUAUUGUGACUGCUCAAUGUCCGUCAUGCGUCCGUCAACAUUUUCUAAAAGAAUCUUCUUCUUGAAAACCACUGGGCAGAAUUACACCAAACUUCACAGGAAUGAUCAUUGGGUGGCCCCCUUUCAAAAUUGUUCAAAGAAUUGAAUUCCAUGCAGAACUGUGGUUGCCAUGGCAACCGAAAGGAAAAACUUUAAAAAUCUUCUUGUCCAAAACCACAGGGCUUAGGGCUUUGAUAUCUGGUCUGUAGCAUUAUCUAAUGGUCCUCUACCAAAAUUGUUCAAAUUAUCCCCCUAGGGUCAAAUAUGGCCCCACCCCGGGGGUCACAUGGUUUAUAUAGACUUAUAUAGGGAAAACUUAAAGGAAAAAUCUUCUUGUACAAAACCACACGGCCUAGAGCAUUGAUAUUUGGUAUGUAGCAUCAUCUAGUGGUCCUCUACUAAGAUUGUUCAAAUUAUCCCUCUAGGGUCAAAUAUGGCUCCGCCCCGGGGAUCCCAAGUUUAACAUGGACUGAUACAUGAAAAAAAAGUUUAAAAAUCUUCUUGUCUGAAACCACAACACUUAGACCUUUGAUAUUUGGUUUGUAGCAUUGUCUGAUGCAUUGUCUAGUAGUCCUCUACCAAAAUUGUUCAAAUUGUGCCCCUGGGGUUAAAAGAGGCCCCGCCCUGGGGUCACUUAGUUACUAUGUGAGUUAUAUAGGAAAAAAUACUUAAAAAAUCAUUUGAUCCUAUUUCCAAGACUGUUUAUUAAUAGUUACCUGAUGACCCCAAGUAAUAUUAUGUCACUUGACUGUGACCUUGACCUACUGACCUACUUCCUUGUUUUUUAAGAUACAGCCUUGAAAUUUUGAUGACAUACACAGUUUUGCACACCAGUUGUAAAACUGAAUAUCAUUGACCAUGAAUGUGACCUACUGACUUUCUUAAUAUUUUAUUAUCAGUUUGAUCUUUGAAACAUGUAGCUCAUAUUACUCCGGUGAGCAAUCCAGGGUCAUCAUGACCCUCUUGUUACAUGUAAGCUGGUAUUUCAGUAACCACUUGGGAAUGGAUUGAAACUUCAUACGCUUAUUCAAUGUGAUAAACUGACCUACAUUGCACAGGUUCCAUAACUCUAUUUUGCUUUUUUACAAAAUUAUGCCCCUUUUUCGAUUUUUAUAUUCAUUCAAUUGACAAGGCUAUUGAAUAGUCGAGUGUUGCUGUCCUCUGACAGCUCUUGCUCGGUUUUCAAAAUACCUAUACUGGUUUAGAAUUUUUAUCAUCAAACGUUUUGUAAAGUUCAGCAUUUUUAAUUCCAUAAAAGUUUUUAAAAAUUAUUCAGUAACCAUAAAUUUGUGUGGAUUAUUAUAAAACUUUUAGGGUAUAUGUUAGUUAUCUCAAAAACAACAUUUCCAUGUAAAAUGUUUAUAAUUUUGCAUGAUUUUUACAUUUUUGACCAUAUUAAAAAUUGAUUUAAUUAAAAGAUAUCUUAGAAGUUAAAACAGAUCCUGCUAUCACCUACUGAGACCUUUGUAAUGAUGUAUUUAACAAAUAAUCAAGGCCUUCGCGUUGUUUAUCGUCUGAUUUACCACGGUAGUGUUCAGAUGCGUAGGAAUUGAACCAUGAGGGCGUCAGCCCAUGUGGUUAAAUACUGAAGCAUCUGAACGAUGAACUGUGGUAAAUUAGAUGAUAAAUCACAAGAAGGCAUUGAUUGUUUUCAUUCUGACAUGCUCAUUGAUAUACUUUAAUAAAUAUUUUACUGGACUUCAUUUAGGCGAGGAGUAAUGUAUCGGACGUCAUGCCGCAAUCUGACGUCAUAAUGCUCUCUUACCGGUCCGCGCGUCAACUGUUGUUUAUCGCAGAAUAUACAGAACUUCAUUUUCUUCUUUGUUUAACUGGAAAUCAAAUCGAGCCAUGUUAGAAU